CAGCCAAUCCUUCGUUUUCUUCUGCAUUUUUUCUUGCUGUUAUCUGUAUUUAUAUGUCUUGAUAUCAAUUUAUUUCUCGAGCUAGGAGAGCUCUCUUUCUGUGCAAGAAAUGAAACAAAAUUUGGGGUUUGAUAUUUUGCUUCCCUCUUUAAGAUCACGUGUAUUUAUAUGUGUGGGGGUGGGGGGUUUAAAAUAAUAGCGAAGAAAUCGCCAAAAUAGCUAGUUUGAGGUGUCUCUUAAUAGUGCCUGCCUGCAGCCUGCUUCUCUCUCUCUCUCUCUCUCUCUCUCUCUUAUUUAUACUGCCCAGCUAACUUCGACUCAAGAAGAGUACUUGGCGAGCAGUGAAUUAGUAUCAUCAUCAUGGUGGGCAUGGGUGGUAGAGAAAGGUCAUCGUGGUCUGUGUUGAUGCCUUCAACAACCCAGCAGCGGCACCCCUCCAAUCUCGAACGCUUUCUUCAAUGUGUAACUCCAACUCCUCCUUCUAAAUUCCUUCCUCAGAGCUGCAUUCAUGAUCUAAAUAGCUUAUGGCAACCACCUGGUACCAAGGAUAUGAUUGAAUAUUUCACUUUGGGAGAUUUAUGGGGUUGCUACGAUGAAUGGAGCGCAUAUGGUGCUGGCACCCAAGUAGUAUUGAGCAGCGGCGACACCAUUAUGCAAUAUUAUGUCCCUUACCUGUCAGCCAUUCAGAUUUACAGCAAUAAGUCGGUGGUGGCUUCCAGGAACUCCAGAGAGUAUAAUGACGUUGUCGAACUUGAAAGUGAUUCUUGGAGCGAUGACAGCAUGAGUCAUAAACCGUCCAGGUCUCUAAGCAACAAUUCCAGCAAGACAUGGGAUACCAUUUCCGAGGAUUCCAGCUAUGACCAUGAGGGUUGUUUGUCAAUGAGGGAUAAGCUUGGCUAUCUGUACUUUCAGUACUUCGAGAUAUCUUCUCCUUACUGGAGGGUUCCACUUAUGCAUAAGGUAACUGAAUUAUCAAGGAAUAAUCCGGGAUUAAUGACACUUAAGAACGUGGAUCUUUCUCCAGCAAGUUGGAUGGCAGUUGCUUGGUACCCUAUAUAUCAUAUUCCAUCUCAGGGAAACGAUAAGGACUUGUCAACGUGCUUCUUGACUUAUCAUACACUGUCAUCAUCAUUCCAAGAUUGUGUCAAUGGGGAUGAUGACAUUGAAGCAAAUGGAGCCGGAAGUGAGCAAAAGGGAGAAGGAAAUGGUGAGAUUUCCCUUCCCCCGUUUGGUCUGGCCACGUACAAAAUGCAAGGGGGUCUUUGGAUAAACCCAGAGACAUCUGAUGAUGAAAGAAUGAUCUAUCUUGAAAGUGCUGCUGGUUCCUGGUUGAAGCAGCUAAAUGUCCACCACCAUGAUUAUAACUUUUUCACCAGCUGCCACUGCACCAUGUAAAUUGGUUUGUGCUUUAACUUGUUUCCCUCCUAGCUUGGUUCGUGUUUCUCUAGUGAUUCCGCAACCUCCAUGAAAGCAGUCCCUCUUCGACAGUUGUGACUGCUUUCAGAAACUAAUUCGUUUCGAUAUUAAUGUACAACUAUACUAAGCGUUCUUGGGAUCGAUAAGCAUAUAUGUAAAUGUUUUCAAAGCUAACGUGUUUUUCACAAUCCAUGAUUCCCCAAGAAUCCAAUGGCUUCUUGAUCCAGAAAGUUUUGUUAGAGGGGGAGUUUGUUUUGUGGACUGAGUUUGUUUCCUUCGCAAAGAAGGAGAAGAGAAUACAAGUAAGAGUUUGUCGAAUGGCAACCUAGUUUCUUUUGUAUCUUAUUAUCCGAACUUGUAUAAGGAUUGGUUUUUUAGUUUAUCUGUGAAAAGGAUUGUAAAAUGUAAAUGGUUUUGGUUUCUUUCCUUCUAGUUCAGAAUGCACUAGCUACUCAUGAGAAAA